UUCAGAGACCAAGGACCAUCUCCACUUUCUACAGACUUUCUCCUUUCGCUGUGUCCUUCCUGCUGAUGGAGACUCGCUGAGCUUCACUGUCACCGCUGAUUUCUCAUCUGAGGACCUGCGAAAGGAGCUGUCAUGUCUGACAAAGAGUCUGGAGAAGAUCAGCCGGUGGGACAUCAUGACAAGGACUCUAUCAGCUCAUGAAGCUCCAGUUUUCGCCCUCCAGCCUCCUGAACCUCAGAGCAGAGACGACUUUUUAAAAUAUUUCUGUCCCCUCACACUGGACAUCAACACGGCAAACAGAGACCUCCAUCUGUCUGAAGGGUACAAGAAGGUGACAAGUGAGGGGACAGUGACAGAAUAUCCUGAUCAUCCUGACAGAUUUGAAUUCUGGCCUCAAGUUCUGUGCAGAGAGGCUUUGACUGGGACUCGCUGUUACUGGGAGGUGGAGUGCAGUGGAGAAUCUGUGGUGAUUGGAGUCGCAUAUAAAGGACUGAGCAGGAAAGGACGGGUCGAUGAGUGCGGCCUUGGAGGCAACGAUAAAUCCUGGAGUUUGUGGUGGUCUCUUUCCCAGUACUCUGUGUGGCACAAUAACAAGCAGACUGUAAUCAGCGCCCCCUCCAGCCCCAGAAUAGGUGUGUAUCUGGACUGGCCUGCUGGCUCUCUGUCAUUUUAUAGCGUCUCACACACAAUGACCCUCCUGCACAGGUUCAACACCUCCUUCACUGAGCCCCUCUAUCCAGGGUUUUAUGUUGAUCCUGACUGCAGUGUAACAAUCUGCCAUCUGACACCAUGUGACCACUGACCAGUACCCUCCACCAGUCACUUGAUGUCCCCUACAAGCUCAGGUGUCUUUGUGUUUGCAGUUUGGGUUCAAAUUAAUUUUACCCUAGAGGUGGAGGGGCAGCACCUCUGUGAGUGAAUUUGUGGAUGAGAAUGCGGGGCGAGUGCAGCUGUCAGGGUCUCCAUUAUUAUUUGGUCUGAGUA